AUGACGCUCUCGGUGUCGCGCGUGAGCUCCCGCCCGCGCUACUUCGUCUACCUGCUGCACAACGUGCAGACGUGGCUGGUGGAGCUCAUGUUUGUCAACUUCGUGGUGGCCAUCCUGCUGGCGCUGCGCCGCCUCAACCGAGAGGCGUGCGUGUGCGACGCGGCGGCGGCGGUGAACGCGGCGUUCUCGCUGGCCAUGCUGACGAGCGCCGUGCGCAGCUUCGUGGUGCUGACGAGCUCGCUGUUCCUGCUGCUGGGCAAGCUACUGACGAGCCGGCGGCCGCGCGAGUGGGCGCUCAGCGCCAAGAUGGUGCCGCUGCACGUCAUGUUCUGCCUGGAGGCCGCCGGUCGCCUGGUGGCCGUCGCUGCCGCCUGCACAAUCGCCGCAUCGCAGUCGAAACGCACAGGAAUUGUAAUUCACAAGGCUUUAAUUGACAUUCACGAUCCAGAUUUGCGACAUGAGCUGAUGUCUCUUCAGAUUCUGCACCGUCAUGUACAGUUCACCGCCUGCGACUUCUUCGUUAUCGAUUCUACACUUCUGUACUCGAUUGUCGGUUCAGUGGCAACUUAUUUGGUGAUUCUACUACAGUUCCAGUUUUCGUCAGAAAACACUUCAGUAAAUAACAACCAGAUGUCUACAAGAAAUCCUGCCACAUCCACGUUCAUGCCCUACAAACUUCAGCUUACUCUGCCUCCGGUUACCUACAGAAAUGUCUCAAUUUUCUCUUCACAUAAUUAAAGUGAUUGUAGAGGAAAACAUUAAACAAUU